GCUACAGGGAAGUUUGUGAGACACCAAAACCUGGGACAUUUCUCUCCCACCAGCCAGGGAGGAAGAGGAGCCAGGUGGGUCGACCUCACCACAGGCUGGGGGGACAGGAGGGUGACAAAACAAAUGCCACCAGCCAAGCGAGAGCAGCAACGGCUUUUGUCACCAGGGACAGGCCGUGCUCUGAGCUCAUCCACUUCCCCAAAAUCACUCUGAGAUUAUCUUCAUAUUAAUGUUGUAACAAAACGUGGGGAGGUGUUUCCGCUUGAGGCAAGAACUCAGCACUUCCCCCAGCUGUGUCACUGCCAGGCAGGCAGGAGGGGUCACAGGGGACCUGCAGUGGCACAGGACACACCGGGCGAUGCCCCUCACCCGGGCCUGAGGAUGGCCAUGGAGCUGAGAGCCCUGCUCCUGCUGCCACUCUGCUUCCCAGGUCUCCACAGCCAAACCCCUGAAGUGCAGAGACGACGGGAAGGGGACACUCUGUCUGUCAAGUGUCCUUACACACAGACUGAAGUUGGGAACAUCAAAUACUGGUGCCUCCUUACACCAGAGGAAACAUGUCAACAAGGAGUGUCCACAUCCUAUGGACGAUGGAAUGAUGGGAGAACUACAAUAAAGGAUGACAGCACCAGUAAGACUGUGUCCAUCACCAUGACUGGCCUCAAGGCAGAGGACUCAGGCACGUAUCUCUGUGCUGUUAACAAAUAUAGGAAUGUACUAAAGAAGGUCUCACUGAAUGUUUUCACAGAGGUGCUCAGGUGGGAGCUGGACACUCUGUCAGUGCAGUGCCCGUUCAGGAAUGCCAUGGCCUGGUGCCGGAGUGAGCAGAGGGGCUGCACAGUCCUGGCAGAGAUACAAAUACCUUCAAAACGGAGUGCAGCGGAAUCCCUGCAAGGCAGAGCAUCGAUCACGUACUAUACUCAAGGGGCUCUCACUGUCACCAUGCGGAAGCUGCAGACCCGGGACUCUGGUGUGUACUGGUGUGCCGAGGACCCUGGGCUCACCCGCAUAAAGGAGGUCGUGCUCUCUGUGUUCAAGAGGACCCAGCAGCACUCAGCCGAGGAGUCAGGCAGCGUCUCUGUCCAGUGUCACUACAAGAUCUCAGACUACGGCGCCGUCAGCAAGGCCUGGUGCAAAGAGGAGGGGGAAAAGUGUAACGUGCUGGUCAGCACCAGCCCAGAGCCCCCAGCGGGGCACAGCACGGCUCGGGAAGGUGUCAGGAUCCACGAUGACGCCCAGCAGGGCAUUGUCACCGUCACCAUGGAGCAGCUGCAGGUGCAGGACUCGGGCGUGUACUGGUGCGCGCUCCAGGAGAGCUCCGGCCUGUCCCGCAUGGAGGAGGUCACGCUCAACGUUUCCAGGGCCUUGCCUCCGGGAGGUUUUCCAGACACUGAAGGCAACAGUGAGGAAAUUCUUUUGGGCGACAGCCCAGAACCCAGCUCCAACGGGAACACCUUCAUCGUCCUGUCCGUGGUGCUGCUCAUCCUCCUCCUCCUGGCCCUCAUCACCUGCGCAGCCCUGGCUGUCAGGCACUACAGGCUCCUGGGGAGGACAGGUAACAGAGAAGCAGAAGACACCAGUGACAGAGCAGAGGGUGCAGCACAGCCUGGCAGCACUGGGAGGAGGGAGAGUUCUCAGGCUGACAGCAAAGGGCCAGCAUACAUCAACCUGGAUGUGCAAUCCCACCCCAGCCCCGAGGAUCCUCUUUACUGCAACGUGGAGCCCAGCCAGGCUCCCAGGAACCCCCAGCACGUGGAAUACGCCGUCAUCGCCUUCAGCCAGUCCCCAAGGAGCGGCAGGGAAUGAAGGACAGCAUCCUAAACCAGCCAGAAAGGGGGAAAAAACUGGGAUACAGAGUGGGAAUAGGAGUAGGGGGUGUGUGGAUGGACAAGCGGAGUUUUGCUGCCGUGUGUGUGGUGGUGCCUGAGCAUUUUCAGCCUUCCUCUCCUGUUUCAGGGCCAAGCAGAGGUUUUGCCACACUUGUGGGAGAUUGCCUCGGGUCAGGCAGAGCUGGAAUUCCCAGGAUCUCUUGUACAUCUGCUUUUCCAGUUCCAGUAAAGUGCAGAGUCUUGGAGAGGCAGGUGUGGAGGCCUGGCCUGGUGAAGAGGAGCAGGCUGGACAUGGCUGGGUGGAGUAUUCCAGCUGUAUCCCGGUACAAACUCUGCCCAAUCCCAAAAACUCAACUGCUGCAGCCAAGCAAACUCAUUCCAGUGCUGCAGGGAUCGAGCUGGAACCUUGCUGUGGCUGGGUUUAUUUUUAAUGGAAUGGGUUGGGCAUGCCAGUGGUGGAUUUUAAGAAUAAGCAGAACCAACUGCACUUCCCUACCUCUGUUGGAAACGCUGCAAGUGACGCAUUUUAUUUAGCAGUCAUGUGGGGAGCAACAUGACAGGAGUUUAUGGGGCUCAGUUCCAUUUCUCCAGGAGCUCUGGCUCCUGAUUUCCCUGCCCCAAGCCCUGCUGGAGGGGAAAGAGGCCGGAACCAGCCCUCAUUCCCAGACCAGUCACAUCCAGCAGGCUUCUCUUGGCAGGGCUGCAGCAGGGAGGCUGAUGGAAAUUUUUUUGAGAUUUUCAGAGUUGAACCGACAGAAAGGAAAAGAAAAUGGUUCUGGAAAUGGUUCAUUCAGCCCAACAUUCCCCUAACAAUUUGCUCUUUGUGCAAUUGCACUGGGUCAGGCUGUGGAAGAGUAAUAGCAAAAACCAGUGGAGUGGAAGAGAGACAUUUUUGGGAAGAUUCCUGAAGAGCUUCCAGAUUAGUGUUCACUGGAACAAGAAGGAACAAAAACUGCUAUCAGUCACCUGACAGAGAAUUUCUGGUCACUGCGAGGGACCAUUUUCCUCACCACUAACUCCAGCAAAGGCACAUUUAGGAAUGGCCAGGCCUGCAGGUUUAGCACCACACCAGUUUAGAAACCAGGGUCUAUUUGUACUUUCAUGGAAGACCUCCAAGUAAAUAAAUCAGCUCAAAAACGAAAAACCAGCAGCCCACCCUCAUCAGUUUGCUGCUGUUCUGGGGGGUCCGUGGCUGCAUUCCUGAGCCCCUGCAGCGCUGUGGCAUUGGCUGGCUCAGAACUGGUGUCCCCAGCAGAGAUCCUGUGUCCUUUGUGCCAGGUACAGAACACGGGGGGUGCUGGGCUUGUUUAAAGCCACAGCUUCUUCCAGAGCAGAGCCCCUGCCCGGCUGUGUGUGCUUGGAUUUCAAACAAGGAUGCUCCAUGCACAGGCUCUUCUUUCUCCUGAAAACCCAGGGCAUGAUGUCCUUGUCCUCCUUCACCCUCAGGGUGCUGCAGAGCUACCACGAGAGCCUCCCUUUCAGCUUUCCAGAAAUUCCUCCCAUGCACAGCUCCUGUAAAUAAUUGACCAUGAUUUAUCACCAUU